ACACAGUAGCGAGAGAUGGGUGGGUGCUUCUCCGACGUGCGCGGGGGCCCAGCCGCCGCCGGGGCGGCGCAGGGCGAGGCGAGCGACGCUGUCGACCACUACUUCCGCUCCCGCGGCCUCCGCGGCCUCUACGUCCCCCUCGAGUUAUCAUUGUCUGCUUCAAAGUUGCGGAACCUGGACAUACUUUCAAAGAGUGAUCCAAUGGUUGUACUAUAUGCAAAGAAACAAGAUGGAAGGCUUGAAGAAAUUGGCCGUACUGAAGUUAUAUUGAAUUCGUUGAAUCCUUCCUGGAUUACUAAAUUUUUUAUCAAUUAUCAGUUUGAGAUUGUUCAACCAUUGGUUUUUCAGGUCUAUGAUGUUGACACUAAGUACCACAGCACACCUGUGAAGAUGCUGAAAUUGAGCGAGCAAGAUUAUGUGGGCGAAGCUUCUUGUGUGCUAUCAGAGAUUGUUACCAAGUUUGAGCGGAGCUUGGCACUUAAACUUCAAAGUGGGCCUGCAGGCACAUUUUCGGGCAGCCUAAUGGUCCAUGCAGAAGAAACAGUCGCGUCACGGACGGCUGUGGAAUUGAUAUUUCGCUGUUCAAACCUGGAAAAUAAGGAUCUCUUUUCAAAAAGUGAUCCCUUCUUAAGAAUAUCUAGAAUAGUGGAAUCAGGUGCUUCUAUUCCUAUUUGCAAGACAGAAGUGAUCAAUGAUAACUUGAACCCCAUCUGGAAGCCCGUGACACUGAUGACACAACAGUUUGGAAGCAAGGAGAACCCACUGAUGAUCGAGUGUUUUGACUUCAAUGCCAAUGGCAAGCAUGACCUUUUAGGAAAAUUUCAGGCAAGUGUUGCAGAAAUAGAAAGGCUUAGCAGAGAAAAGAUUGGAGCAAAUUUUUAUGUUCCAUCGUCCAUUCGUCAUGACAACACAAAGAUGCUGAAGGGGCAGAUUUUUGUGGAUAAAUUUGUUGAAAAAACUCUAUAUAGUUUCUUGGACUAUAUCUCCAGUGGCUUUGAACUUAACUUUAUGGUUGCCAUAGAUUUUACUGCUUCAAAUGGUGAUCCUCGAAUGCCCCAAUCCUUGCACUACAUUGAUCCUUCUGGUAGACUGAAUUCAUAUCAGCAGGCCAUAGUGGGAGUUGGGGAGGUUUUACAAUUCUAUGACUCGGAUAGGCACUUUCCUGCAUGGGGCUUUGGAGGAAGAACUAUUGAUGGCUCAGUCUCUCAUUGUUUUAACUUGAAUGGAAUGGCUUCUGAGUGUGAGGUUGUGGGAAUUGAGGGCAUCAUGUCGGCAUACUCAUCCGCCCUACACAGUGUUUCUCUUGCUGGGCCGACUUUAUUUGGGCCAGUGAUCAACAAAGCUGCAGAAAUUGCUAGCCGAUCCCUAGCAGUUAUCCAGAACAAAUAUUUCAUCUUACUUAUUAUCACGGACGGAGUUAUCACUGACACACAGGAAACGAAAGAUGCUAUUGUAAGGGCAUCUGAUUUGCCAUUAUCGAUUCUCAUAGUAGGUGUUGGAACUGCUGAUUUCAAAGAUAUGGAGAUCCUUGAUGCUGAUAAUGGAAAACGGCUGGAGAGCUCUACUGGACGGGUAGCUACGCGAGACAUCGUACAAUUUGUUCCUAUGCGGGAGGUCCAGGGUGGUCAGGUCUCCAUCGUUCAAUCUCUUCUUGAAGAGCUGCCAGGACAAUUCUUGACGUACAUGCGGAGCAGGGAUAUCAAACCCCAAUUUGCUCGGUGCGGUGAAACAUCUAGGUAACUCAAAGAUGGAGCCAAAUUUGACCCUGACCUUGUGGUAAUGAAAUCUUUUCCUUUUGCUAACUCUCCUUAACAACCUCGUGUUAACAUUUUCUUGCUUGAUAUAGUGUACAGAAGUGUUACUAGUUUGGUGUCAAACCGUAGAAGCUGAAUGUAAAGUGCUUUUUGUGAAUAGUUUAAGUUGAACUGGUGCGUAUAUAUCAUGGAAGUUUCAUUUGUUUCUCGCAAUUGAAUGGAUAAGUUGUUAUAUGAGGAUGGUACAACAGACAAAUGAUAUUCCACUGUGGUAGGUGCUCGCA